AUGUCAGUACCUAAUUUAAAUGUGGAACAUCUUAAUGAAUUAAAAUUCCUCGUCGAAAUGUGCAAGUCGCAUCCUUGGAUUUUAUGUAGACCAGAAUUAGCUUUUGUUAAAUCAUUAAUAGAGCACUUUGGUGGUAAAGUAGAUCCUGUUAAAUCAAAGAGCGAAACCGAAUCAAAGUUCGAAGAAACUGAAUCUACAUUGCAAGUAGAGAGCGAAGAAAGUGAUUUGGAAUUAGAUAUGACAGGAGUCAUAGAACCAGACACCGACACACCGCAAGAAAUGGGAAAUUCUGCUGUGAAACCGACUGAAGAAGAAAUUGCAGAAUCUGAAACAAAACGUUCGGAAGCUGUUUCAGCAUUUGUAGAAAAAGAUUAUGAAAAGGCUAUACAGCUUUAUACAGAAGCUAUUAAAUUAAAUCCACAAGCAGCACUUUUAUAUGCAAAACGUGGACAAAUUUAUCUACUAUUGAAGAAACCUAAUGCAUGCAUUCGCGAUUGUAAUCAGGUAUUAGAAUUGAAUCCUGAUAGUGCGGCGGGUCACAAAUUUAGAGGACGAGCAUAUCAUCUCCUUGGAAAAUGGGAAGAGGCAGUAAAUGACUUGAGACUCGCUUGUAAAUUUGAUUUUGACGAACAAGCCGACGAUUGGUUACGCGAAGCUACUCCAAACGUGCAAGCAUAA